CUGUGCAGAAACUCCUGACAUCCGAGGCGCCCGGGCGCAGUGAGCAUGCUCGGCGCCCCCUGGCCCCCCUGCCCCCCUGCCCGGGCAGGAAGCUGGUUUACAUACGAGUCAUACCAGGCAUAGCCAGCAUGUCAGCGCAGUCAACUUGCAGCAGGCUGUGAGGGAAGCCAGUGAGUGGGGCUUUGUCCUAGGAAAUGUGCUUCGUGUUUUCCUUUUUUUACUCCUUUUUUUAAUCUCGAAGACGGAUUCGUAAAGACUUCCGAAACCUUUUUGUAAUGCUCAGUCGAGGAUACAGUCCAUACACCGUCUACCCAUAAACCCUUGAAGGGUUUUGUGUGACUGAGUUUUGUUUUUUUUUUUUUUUUUUUUUUUGUGUGUGUGUGUGUGUGCGUGCGCGUUUUUUGUUUUUAACUUUUACAUACUUUGUUUUGAUCAUCUGAGGCCGGGCCUCGGUCUUUUGUGAAGUUUCAGCAGAGAGCCAGGAGCUACUCACCAACAACUGAAUUUUGAAACUUUCUGUUUGGGGGCGAAAGCAAAGAGCUGGUUUUCUUUGCUAUCCCGAUAAAUGCUAUUUAUGAAGAUGGACCUGUUGAACUACCAGUACUUGGACAAGAUGAACAACAAUAUCGGCAUUCUGUGCUACGAAGGUGAAGCUGCUCUCAGGGGAGAACCCAGAAUGCAGACCCUCCCAGUGGCCUCUGCCCUCAGCAGCCACCGCACUGGCCCUCCCCCCAUCAGCCCCAGCAAGAGGAAGUUCAGCAUGGAGCCUGGGGACGAGGACCUCGACUGUGAAAACGACCACGUCUCCAAGAUGAGUCGCAUCUUCAACCCCCACAUGAAGACGACCAAUGGAGACUGCAGAAAAGACCCCCGGGAGCGGAGCCGCAGCCCCAUUGAGCGCGCCGUGGCCCCCGCCGUGAGCCUGCAUGGCAGCCACCUCUACACAUCCAUCCCCAGCCUCAGCAUGGAACAGCCCCUUGCCCUGACCAAGAAUAGCGUGGAUGCCACCAGGCCGGCCGGCCUCUCGCCUACCCUGACCCCCGUGGAGCGGCAGCAGAACCGGCCCUCGGUGAUCACCUGCGCCUCUGCUGGUGCCCGCAACUGCAACCUCUCUCACUGCCCCAUCGCGCACAGUGGCUGCCCUGCGUCCGGGCCUGCCAGCUACCGGAGGCCGCCCAGCGCCACCACUUGUGAUCCUGUGGUGGAGGAACACUUCCGUAGGAGCCUGGGGAAGAACUAUAAGGAGCCCGAACCAGCACCCAACUCUGUGUCCAUCACGGGCUCCGUGGAUGACCACUUUGCCAAAGCUCUGGGCGACACAUGGCUUCAGAUUAAAGCAGCCAAGGAUGGUGCAUCCAGCAGCCCCGAGUCGGCCUCACGCAGGGGCCAACCGGCCAGCCCCUCUGCCCACAUGGUCAGCCACAGCCACUCCCCAUCCGUGGUCUCCUGAAGGAAUGCCACCCUCCGGCAGCACGUGGAUCUGCAUGGUUUGCCUGAGCUUUGAACAGUCAGUGCUUCAAAACAAAAAAAAAAUUGGGGUGGGGAGGGAGGGAUAGGGAUGGUUUAUUCGCAAAAACCAUGUUGUUGGGAUUUCUUUUCUGUUUUCAUACUUGCUUGGUAUUCUUCUAUAAGGGGCCUCAAAUGUGGCAGCAGGAACGACGUGUGGAACAUCUGUCUCAUGUAGCAUCUUUACUUCCUGCCUCAGUUACCAAAGAAACCUCUGAUGCAGGCCUGCCGGGGCCCAGACUCUGUGGCGCACAUUCUCAGUCACAAGCCAUGACGACGUUGGGGACCCAGAUGCUUUAUGCUUUCUUCCAUUUGCUUCUCGAGCGCAGCUCAGCUUCCAUGGCGGGUUUCGGGGGUCCGUGUGUGCGCGCGUGUAUACUUGAAGAGAACUGCCGUGUCUGAUUUGCACUUUUGGAGGACUGAGUUGCCUGUCUGGCAGCUUUCCGCGAGACGUGAGUGCUCUGAGGGCAAACUGCUGAAGAACAAAGGGUUCAAGGAUGACAUUUCCGACCAUUUGUGCGUUUUUGUUGCUAUCGAAUUUAGACAAAACUGCUUUGGAAGGGGAAGUCUCAUACCGGUUAUAGGUCUUUCUCUCUAGAUUUCAGGUGCUUGCAACGGGACUGCAGACUCCACCGAUCACGGGCAUUUACCUUUUCUGAACACUGCGGUGUGUGAGGCUCGAGCCGGGGUGGGAGGAUUCCAGAGUGCUUUAACCAUGACGCAUGUUUUAAUGGAGAAAAAAAAAUAGCUGGUUUCUAUUAAUUGUAUAGACAGUAAACACAAACCUUACUACUUACUAGCUUCUUUUCAGAAUUAGUUUAUUUUUGUCAGUUACAGUCCUAGAUAUACUUACUGCUGGUACAGUUGUACUCUAAGAUUUGUAUUUGAUACUCACUUUACUUGCAAGGAGGGCUGGGGACAGCUGGCAGGCCCGAGGGAGGCUCACUGGAGCAGCUGGGCCACCGUGUCGGGGGCCAGGGUUUGCACCGAGAGCUGACACGGUCACUGGUUUUCUGCAUCCUGUCUGCUUUUACGAGCUCCCAGGGGAGCAUCUUCCAACUCCCCGGAUGCGCAGACUGCUCCCUUCCACCUCCCUUGGCCGAACAGCAGAUUGCUGACAAUCUGUGAUAAGGUAUUUUGAUGCUUCCUUGCAUGCUGGGGCCCAGGCAGUAUACAUUCCUGACUUUAUACACUUAUUGCCACAUUUAUUAUCGUCUGCUAUAUUAAUGGCUACUAACUAGAAAUUAGAAGAAAGCGGGAUAGACAUGGCUGUGGACACCCCACAGCUGCUUUUCCUGGUCCAUGAGCUGUUCUGCUCCCCUACCCCUCAAAUGUGCUGCAUUUGGCCUGGCCUGCUGGAGGGCUCAGGACGCCAUGCACACGGCCACCUCAUCCAAGGCUUUAUGGACUCCUUCACACAGGAGCCUUGAGGCUGGCUGCCAGGAGGAGAACAAUACAGGUUAGCUGUUGCAUUCUGGGGACUGGCUCUUGUAGUCACAGGGUGGCUGCAGGCCUUUAAAAAGUGGAAGAAAAGCCCUUCUCCUCUUGCCUCUGCACACAUUUCACUCCCACUUUACUGGGCUUCCAAGCUUUGGCAUUUGGGCCCCUAUAUUUUCUGUAGGAGAAAAAUUGUUGAGAAACACUUUUUUUAUAUAGGUAACUUUAAGACCAUCAUUACGCUGUGCGUAAAGAAUGUACAGAGAAAUUUGUAGGUAUUUUUUGAAGAACAAUUAAUUUGUUAAUGAUAUGUAGCUAUUUAAUUUUCCCCAUUUCCUAUCGUAAUCAUUCAUUUUUUUGUUGUUUGGAAAAAAAAGUUGAUCUUUUUUUGUUGUAGAUUUUGUCUGUAAAGUGCAGGCACACAGUUAUUCUAUGAGGACACUGCAUCUGCGUUAAUAGCCACUAGUUUGUUAUUGCUACAGGCUACUGAGCAUUGUAACAGGAACACGACCGCACCGCGGAUGGGCUCUGCGGAGAACCCACCUCGGACACUUCUGUCGGUGCACAGGGUCGUCACUUGGGAGGGAUGGCAGUGCCGGUGGCCGGGUCCCCGGUGCGCUGACCUAUCUGGGAUAGGCAGUUCCCUGGAGGGGGCUUUGGGCAGAGGGAGCAGUGGAAAACCAAAUGUUUCCCCAGCACCCUCCCUGAGAAGGGGCUCCGAGGUUCUCCCCAGGGCCGCGCUGUCCGCGGUGCGUUCUGCCCCUUCUCUCCAUGUUUGUAAAUCUGUAAUAUACCAUUCUCUGUGGCCUGUUUUUCCUGGAAGAAGAAGAAAAAAAAGGUUUGGCAGGCCAUCUUUUUUUUUUUUUUUUGUACUUAAAAGUAGCCUUAAGAACAAUAAUAAAGUGCUCUUAAACCA